AUGUCAGAGUUCAAAAAUGAUAUAAAAACAUAUAAAAUUGCACUAUCUAUACUUUACCCAUACCUUGGGUYUGGGUGUACAUUCACAGAUUUGCAUUAUUCCUACAAAUUAGGAACAUCAACAAUUGCUCAGAUUAUUCGGGAAGUUUGUAUUGUAAUAUGGGAUGAACUAGUUGAAGUUUACAUGCCUUCUUUUACAGAUCAAUAUUGGCAAAAUAUUUCUACUGGUUUUGAACAACGAGCGAAUUUCCCUAAUUGCUCAGGAGCGGUGGACGGAAAACACAUUCGUAUAAUUAAACCCACUGGAACUGGUAGUCAGCAUUAUAACUAUAAACAUUAUUUCUCAAUUGUUUUAUUAGCAGUUGUGGAUUCAGACUAUAGGUUUAUAUAUGUUGAUGUGGGAUCAUUUGGAAAGGACUCCGACUCCACUAUUUUCAAAAAUUCAUCGUUCGGAACUUUAUUGACCAAUGAAUCACUACAUAUUUCCAGACCAUCUCAAUUACCGAAUACGAAUGAAACUGUUCCAUAUGUAUUUGUUGGAGAUGAAGCUUUUGGUCUAUCAAAAAACGUACUACUACCCUACGCAGGAAGAAAUUUAUCGGAAAAAAAGAAAUUUUUAACUACCGUUUGUCUCGUGCAAGAAGAUAUGUGGAAUGUGCUUUCGGAAUUUUAUCAAAUAAAUGGAGGAUUUUUCAUAGACCUUUAA